GGAUUGACGACCGGUCAGCCUCCAAUCUCCAUCCUCAAGGAGGAUUAGGUAAACGCGACCCCUAGGACGCACGGACACCCGCUUGUCCCCUAUCCAGCAGGCUGUGCUGAUGCUCCCGCGCCUCCUUAAAGCCGCAGCCCCGCCCCACCCGCCCCGCCCACUCGUGGUUCUACCCAACCGCCCGGUCCCGAGCGACACCGCUGAGCGUCACAAAGCCACGAGCCCGCAAAGAGCGCGCAGCCCCCAGCGUCCUGGUGCUGGAUCGCGCGUCCCAGCUCCUCCACCACCACCCGCCACCAUGUCCAGCGAGGAGCUGGCCCGCAAACUGCAGCGCCGGUUGAGACUAGAGGCGUUGGCAGAGACCGACCAGGGUGCCCCCCAUCCUGCACCCUGCGUUGCCUCAGCGGGGAACCGGGAUCCCGAACCGCCUGCCAGGGCGCCCACUGCCAGCGCGGAUUCCGAGCUAAGCGCCAAGUUGAACCGCAGGCUGGACAUCCACCAGGGCACAGCGCGGUCCCGCCGCAGCAAGGUCUUCAACCCCUACACCGAAUUCCCGGAGUUCAGCCGCCGUCUCCUAAAGGAUCUGGAGAGCAUGUUCAAAAUGUAUGAUGCAGGAAGAGAUGGCUUUAUUGACCUGAUGGAGCUGAAACUCAUGAUGGAGAAGCUGGGGGCCCCCCAGACCCACCUGGGCCUGAAGACUAUGAUCAAAGAGGUGGAUGAAGACUUCGACGGCAAGCUCAGCUUCCGGGAGUUCCUGCUCAUUUUUCACAAGGCGGCUGCCGGUGAGCUGCAGGAAGACAGUGGGCUGUUGGCAUUGGCCAAGCUUUCUGAGAUCGACGUUGCACUGGAGGGCGUCAAAGGUGCCAAGAACUUCUUUGAAGCCAAGGCCCAGGCUUUGUCAUGCUCCAGUAAAUUUGAAGCAGAGUUAAAAGCUGAGCAAGAUGAGCGGAAACGGCAGGAGGAGGCCAGGAGGCUCCGCCAGGCAGCCUUCCGGGAGCUCAAGGCUGCUUUCAGCGCAUAGUCCCGCUGACCUGACCCAUGAGCACAGCUGUGCCUUACACCCUGGAGGAGAUGACCACAAUGUUCACAUUUUUACCCCCGCUGCCCUCUGCCUUAAUGACCUCCCCCUCCACACCUUAGUGCCUCUGGAUACUCGGAGACUGCUUUCAUCCUUCCCAGGGUCUUGGCCUCCUCCAAAAGGCUUGCCAGUUGACCUUUCCUGCCUGCACUCCUCUGCUGUUAUCUGUAGUGGAGACUUAUUUCUUCUAGGAAACCACCCUUGUCCCUGCACGGUUCUCUGUCAACGAGUCCUGUUCAUCUAUGGUCCUCAGAGGACAUGUCGCCCAUGUCUCGGAUGGGUCUCCCCUGUCAUCCUGCAUUGUUUCCUGGUUACCAUCUCUUCUUGUCACUGCUCAGAUUCCGUUGACUUCUUUUUCACCACUCUCCAUCCUAGUGUUAUGGUGGGAUUUGAAGGACUUGUGGAUCAUUACCUAUCCCCUCUCCAACUGGGGACUAGCUUGCUAUCAUAUUGCCUGUCUCCUGGCCCUGAACAGUACCUACCUUGUCGUUCCCCUCAUCCUUUUCUUCCCAUCUCGGCCAUUUUCCCACUCUAAGCCCUUUACUAUAAGAAUGAAAGAAUUGUUGGAAGUAAUAUUAAUGGGCAGAAGGAUAUCUGUCACCUGACUCCAUGCAAAUCAGAAUGGACCCCUGAAAUUCUCAAGUGACACAGCAAGAUCUUUUGAAAUCCCAGAAGUCAUGACCAUCCUCUGGUGUCUGACACCAGCUCCAUGGAGCUGAGGCAAAGGUACUGUCACCUGUGGGACAGAUUUUUGUAUCUUGUGAGUUCUUGGGAUUUCUCACAAAUACCAGGGGGUUGUAUUUUUUAACAAAAUUCCCAAUGUCAUAUUUAUUACUUCUCUUUUGUAACUGCUGUCUUUACAAUAAAGAAAACAUCUGCCCUUCUA